AUGAACCUUCAUAACUCGAAGAACUAUUUAGUGGACAUUGGCAUGACAGAAGAUGAUUGUGAACAUAUUGUUGUUAUUAUAGGUGCUGGUACAGCAGGCCUGAAACUGGCUUCCGAAUUGUAUGCAAAUGGGGUUAAGAAAUGUAUAGUUCUCGAGGCAAGGGAAAGGACAGGUGGUCGAAUUUUGACAGUCAACAGUGAUGUGUUUCCAGAUAGAGUUUAUGAUCUGGGCGCAUCGUGGCAUCAUGAUACGCUCGAUAAUGGUCUUUUUAAGGAAGAAUGCAGUCUUCCGCCAAGCGAAAGAGCAGAGUACGCUUUUGAUGACGACUACCUUACCGUUGUGGAUAUGCAAGGCAGAAAAUUGGACUACAAUCGAGAUUUACACUUGGAAAUCCUCCAGCAGGAACUAGACCAAUAUAUUGAAAAUAAAUAUUAUGAGUCGAUCGAAACGAAAGACAUGUCAUAUUACGAGAUUGUCAUGCUAUAUCUUCAUGAAAGAAGGAAUCAGCUGACAGAUGAUCAGAUCAGGUACUUCACGCAAUUUGUGAGAAAUGUGGAAUUUUGGCAUGGCGGGGAUUGGAAACUCUUAAGUGGAAAGCAUUCCAAGAUGUGUUUUAAUGGACGGAAUGCGUUCGUUUCUAACUACAAUAAGAUUUUCAGCAGGCUGGAGCAAUCUGUGCCAAGAGAAUGGGUGAAGUUAAACACUGAGGUAUCGAAGAUUGAGCGACGACCCGGCAGUGUGGUUGUAACCACUAGUACGGGAGCACGUUAUGUUUCGAAGUACUGCGUUGUGACCGUCCCACAAAGUGUGUUAGAGCUGUCGCUGAGUAAAGAAAGAGUUCCUGGUAGGAUUGAGUUUGCACCGCAGCUAAACAAAAACAUCCGUGACGCGCUUAAAGUUAGUCACUUUGGUUCUUUGGGGAAAAUCAUUUUUGAAUUUGAAGAGGCUACUUGGAGUAAUGAGCUUUGGACGCUCAUGGUCGUUCCUGAGACUAUGAAUGAUUUUGUUAAUGUUGUAAGGUCAGAGCCUGACUUCCAGGCACUCUUGUCCAGACUGAAUGCAGAAGAAGGGGUAUCUCUAAUAGAACAUCCUUCUUUGUUCCUCAACCUUGCUUCUAAAACUGGCACACCUUCUUUGAUGUGCUUUACACAGCAGCCAUUAACCGAGUAUAUAGAAGGGUUACAUCCUGCUAAGAUUGUUGAACUGAUGAAACCAGUCUUAAAUCGCGCUUUGGCAGCACUAGGCUCAUCAAGUGAGUGCAUAGUCGAUCUCGAAAACCAAAUAUCAAGCAGUUCAGCCGGAGGUACUCCUAUACUAAAAAACGUCAUUGUUAGCAAUUGGACGAAGGACAGCUACUCAUUAGGUUCUUACUCGUUUUCCCGGACCAAUGACGAUCCUCUGACCGCCGUUCUUGCCUUUAUCGACGGUCAAGAUAUGCGUAUUAAGUUUGCGGGUGAGCAUACUGUUAUGGAUGGUAAUGGAUGCGUUUACGGAGCCUGGGAGAGCGGUAAGCGAGAGGCUAAUUACAUCCUGAAACAGCUAAAAAACAAACCUUGUCCUAAUCAUUAA